GCAGAGGUUGCAGCCACAGGGAGGAGACUGCUGGAUUCCUGGGAUCUGUAGAGUAAUCAACUAAAUCACAGACACUGGUGACUGGAGGAUCUGGCCAGAUACUUUUCCAACUUCUUCCUAUAAGGUUUCCUAAGACCUGGAAAUGUCUUUCUUAUUUAGUUGGAUCUAUGAUGGUCUCAGCAGUGUGCUUAGAUUUUUAGGUUUAUCCAAUAAAACAGGAAAAUUAGUAUUUUUAGGAUUGGACAAUGCUGGAAAGACAACAUUGCUGCAAAUGCUUAAAGGUGGUCGAAUGGGGCAGUAUGUCCCUACAAUGCAUGCAACUUCAGAAGAAUUAACUAUUGCCGGGAUGACUUUUACUACAUUUGAUCUAGGUGGUCAUUCUCAAGCUCGUAGAGUGUGGAAAAACUACUACCCUGUUGUUAAUGGUAUAGUGUUUCUCAUUGACUGUACGGACCAAGAGAGACUUUAUGAGUCAAAAUCCGAACUUGACGCAUUGUUGACUGAUGAAAGCAUCGCCAGUCUUCCGAUUCUGCUUCUAGGUAACAAGAUUGACAGACCUGAAGCAAUCAGCGAAGAUAAGCUUCUGCACACCUUUGGAAUCUAUGGGCUAACAACAGGGAAGGGGAAAGUGCCUUUAAAACAGCUCAACUCCAGACCCCUUGAAGUAUUCAUGUGCAGUAUAUUGAAGAGACAAGGCUACGGGGAAGGUUUCCGUUGGUUAUCCCAGUAUAUUAAUUAGUGCUGCUUUGUCCUGUGACAUGUGUAUUUUUAAUUUCAUCUCUUUUUUCCCUAUUUCCAUUUUAUAACUUAAAGUUUUGUAUGAUCAAAAUGACAAUCCAAUUUUUAAUGAUAAAGUAAAUGCUUUACACAGCA